AUGUCGGGCCGCAAGCUGGGCGGUGGCCGUGUUCUUGGAAGCGGCAGGGGCCUUGCUCCCCCGACCCCUCCGGUUACGAAUGCGCCUCGAGUUGCAAGUCCAUUAGCAGCUUCAGAAAGCAGCAUUUCGAUAGUUUCGUCAUCAGUGUCACCACCCAUAAGUGGUAUUUCACCAGGUCUUGCAAGCCAGGACAUCGGCAAUAGCAUCAGCGUCGGUGCUCAAGGGAAGGGGGGGCCGGCAGAUGGAGGCGCGCUCGUGUGUCCAAUAUGUAAUGAAGAAAUGAUGACCCUUCUACAACUUAACCGACACAUUGACGACACCCACCAAGAACUACCAGAAGAGGAACAAGAUGAAGUAAAGACGUGGUUCGACAAGCAGGUGCUCAAAGCGAAACGAUUCCAGCCCCUCUCCCUAAUAAACCAGAAGCUUCGAGGCUUGGAUGUAUUUGAGUCGAACGAGUCCGUACCUGUCGUCACCCCUAUGUCAACCGCUGCUGGAAAGAACCCCCUCGAAGGUCCUAUUGAUCCCGACGACCUCAUCACGCGACACCAUUGGCAACGCUCGACUAGCUACGAUUCAUGCACCGAUCCGACAUGUGGAAGGAGUCUAGGGCCAUUGAAUGGAAGCAUUAACUGUCGACAUUGUGGACGACUGUUCUGCGAAGAACAUACCAUGUACCAGAUGAAACUGAGUCGAAGCGCGAAACAUGAGCCGGUCCGUGGUUAUUGGGCAAGAGUAUGCGAGACAUGCUUCAAGUCAAGAGAAGGAUACAACGACCACCAAGGUGUCUUGACGGAUCACACCAAUGCGUUUGUGGAAAUAAGAAGGAAGAAGGUCGAACGGCAGAAUCUGGAAAUCUCACGGCUUGAGAAACGAUUGACAAAGCUCACGAAACUAUUGGCGAACCCUCCUGAAAACCUCACGCAAUCGAAUGGAUCUUUGCUUGGCCCAGUAACAUCAUUAGCAGGGCAGAAGAAUGCCCGCAAGCUUAUCGAGCAAUCAGUUGUUACUUGGGAAGAAGAUGCGACUGUCUCUAAAUGCCCAUUUUGCCGACAAGAAUUUGGAUCUUGGACGUUUAGAAGACACCAUUGUCGCAUAUGUGGGCGUGUUGUCUGUGGCGAUCCGCAGACAGGAUGUUCCUUAGAAGUUGGACUAAACGUAUCAAGUGAUACAAACGGCGUGACGAAAUCACUUUCGGGAACCGAGAAACCAACCUCGACAACAAACGGCGGGCAAGUUGGCAUAGAUAUCCGGAUGUGUCGCGAUUGUAAACAUACUAUAUUCUCUGCGCGCGACUUUGCAGCGUCACUACAGCACAAACCUGCCGAUCAGCGGGCAUACGAGACUCUACAACAGUUCGAGCGUGGCAUUCAACAACUCCUGCCAUCAUUCCAUCGUGUGCUUCUGAACCUACAGCCAGAGAAGAAAGAAAGCGGCGAAAUCGACCUGAACAAACCUCCACCAACACGCGCUCAGAUCCAGGAAGCAGCCAAGAUUCGAAAGCGCCUGGUCGACAGUUUUGGAAAAUAUGGUAUCGCUGCAAAACGUCUCCGCGACCUUCCCACAGAGAGCGCCACGCAACGGCGACUGCAGGCGGCCAUAUAUACAUAUGCGAGUGGCUUCCUACAUACAAACAUGCUCCCUCUCAAGAGCUUGCCCCAGAUGCUACGCUCACGCUCAUCCGCAUCAUCCUCUACAGCCGUUUCCACCUCACGGCUUCUCGCUUCACACAAUCACUCUGGGUCAAGUUUACGACACUCGGAGCUUGCGGAUACUGAAACGUCGUCGCAAGCGCCUAGCGAAGGAAGCACAGUCGUCAGCCAGCUCGAGACAGAAGAAAAGGAACUUAGAGAGCGGUUAGUUGUCUUGGAAGAGCAGCGAUUCAUGGUUGAAUCCAUGAUCAAAACCGCGCAAGGUUCUAGGCGAUUUGAGGAGGUCAGCGCUCUGUCUCGAAAUGUAGAUGAACUGGAUGCAGAGAUUAACGACUUGAAAAAUAAGGUUGGUGGUGUUGAGGAAAGAUGGGAGGGUGUCUAUCGAAACGGCGUCACUUAG